CGAUAGCACUGAACGAACUGCUCCGAGACAGUACCAAAAGCGAAUGUGUCGGUCAUCAAAUAGCACACGACACAAUAUUACUGGGAUGUUACUGCUUCAGUAGCCACCAAUAUGAUAGAAAUACAUAUAAAGAACAAGAAGGCAUAUAUUUGGAAUUCCAAAGAUGCAUGCACAAUUAGGGAGGAGUAUCGCAUCAUAGGUAACCUAGUAGGUUCACAUCCUAAAGCCCCAAGACAGAACUACCAGCUUCACCUGCCUUUACAGCUACUACCAGAGGAGACAACACUACUUGUAGAAAAAGGUGUCGCCAUACUUUUCAAUGAUGACAAACCAAUGCUGCCACCUAUUGAGGAAGAUGUGCAGAAAUUCCAUGAAUCCAGGAAGAGAAGUUAUGAAGCACAGAAAGAGCUUCAAUUAGAAAAUAGAAAGAUGGAAAUUCAGAAUAGGAAAUGGGAAAUCAUAGAGGGGAAGAAAGCAAAGCGUAUGAAAAAACUAAAGUCAGAGAACAGCACCAUGGCUGAAGAUGCUGCUAUUGAUGAGGCAGCAUUGGAGGCUGAAGCUGAGAGGGAGGUUGAAAGUAUGGAGAUAACUCCAAUACCACAGUCUUCCAUGCAAGUACAGAUAUUCACAGGCACUCCCUAUGUCAGUGAAUCAAACAGGCCAUUGUAUUCCAACUGGGGGUUCCCAUCUACUCACUCAGAACUUCUGCGCUAUAGAGUCUUCAAAGAUCUAUGGGAGCAGGGGCAUUUUCUCACUGCUGGGGGCAAGUUUGGAGGUGACUUCCUUGUAUAUCCAGGUGACGUUGCAGUGUUCCAUUCGUUCUAUAUUGUUAAGUGCCUACCAUACAAGCAAAAGAUGUCAGCACUUGAUGUGGUUGCCAUGGCUCGUCUUGGAUCCAAUGUGAAAAAGACAGUAGUUUUGUGCUCAAUAGACGAUAAUGACCAACUAUGUUACACGUCUUUGAAGUGGACUGGCAUAAGUUGAUACAUGUUGAGCUUCUACAUAUUCCGAGGUUUUAAUACCUAUUUUGUGAUCAAAAGCUUGUAGUAUGUGUUCACAAAAUCACCAUUGCUCUUGUACUCUGCACACUGGGCUAUUUAUGUUAAAGGCAAUAUUUUAGGCCAAAAAGAACUAAAUGCUUUUAAAAUCUGCAUUGCUAUGAAGUAGGUUUCACCAAGGAUGCUUUUUACAGCGUGCUACAUGAUGUCAAAGAGCAAUCGGGUAAAUAUCAGGGUUGAUUUAAAAUAUAAUAACACUAUUGCAAAGAUGGAAUGUCAAAGAUAACAUUUUUCAUAUGUAUUUUUCAAUUUCAUCAACGUAUUCUUAUCAUUUACGUUUCAAAAUAUAAAAUCUUUGAAGUGAGAGCCAUCUUUGUAACAAUUCAAACUCUUAAAUGAAAUCACCUAAAUAUCCC